GCAAGGUAGUGGGAGAGAACCUGCUGCCAAGGAGGGCUGCGUUGUCCAUCUCCAGAGAGCCAAACUUUCUGGCCCCUCCUAUCACCCUGCUAGGCACCAAACCUGAGAUCUUUUCAUGGUGCCUGAAGAAGACCAGAAAUCCAAGACCUCCUUUUCACUCACAUUUAUUGCCUUGGCUGUGCUACACCUUUGUUUUUCUGUUUGAGUUCUCAGAUAUUGCCAGGCAGUUCACAAAUCUCUGCAUCUUCUCAGCAAGCAACUGGCAGCAGGAAUUGGUGAAGAACGACAUUUUCUGCUUUACUAGAUAUCUCUACUGAUGUGAAAACAAGCAAAACCUUACUUACCAGAAAGAGGAUGGAGAAUCCACUCAAGAAAGUUACCAGUGAGCAGUCCGAAGAGAAGAGGAGAUCCAAAGACAUCAGUGAGGAGAUUGAGGAGAUCAAAUCUCAAGAUCCAUACCUGCAGGGUGAAGAAGGCAGUAAAUCCCCAUUUGAGCAAGCUGAAGACAGCAUUUCUGAAGACCUACACAAACAGAGUAGGGGUUGGACUGAGACACUCCUGGAAACAUCAGAGCAACCAACCCAAGAAGAAAGAGAAUGGUCCCACACCCAACCUUCUAGUUUCUGGGAAAAGAGCACAGCAAAGUUGAAGGAUGAACUGUCCACCUUACUUGCUACUGAGCCAGACUUAUCCACUCACUUCGACACACUCAGUUUAGAUAGCAAUGUUCAAGACCUAGAGGAAACAGAUUGGACCGAACCACAACCAGAGACACCACGGGUGCAGUUUGGGUAUGAAGAGGUUCCUUACUCAUUGUGGAAGAAGACCAAAAGAAAAGGGAGAGAUGAAAUUCCCAGCUGUCCUAUGACAGAGCGCAAGCUUGGCUUCCAUGACUCCUGCUGCUCUAGUGCCUUUGACCGGAUGAUCCAGCAUAGUCCUGUCAGUCUUCCCAAAUCACCACAUAGCAGGCGCUUCUCCCAGAAACAUCCGGCCCAGAAGUUCAAGAGAAGUGAGGUCUGUUUCUCCUUUGAGCAGUUGCCGAAACAGAGACUUCCCGUGAGUGCAACAAAGAAGAAAGAGUGCAAGGGAUUCGCUAAGACUCAGCCACCCAGGAUGGCCUCAACUCACUUCCAUAUAAGUAAUGGCAGGAAGAGUAAAGCUUUGUACAGUCUCUACACAACCUUCUGCGAUGAAGAUGAAUUUGACCCACAUCUUUCUGAGGGAGCAAAAGGAAUCUCCAGAGCUUGCACCAUUUUUAGUGCCAUCAAAGAAGGAAGGAUUAAUGUCAACCACCUCCUCCUCACCUUGCACACACUGGGAAUCCUUCUGGCUGCUCCUGAGAUGCAGAAGGCACUCAGGUGCAUUCCUGUGGAUGCGCAUGGCAAUCUGGACUUUGCUGACUUCCUGGACAUUGUGAAUAAUGUCUUGCCCUACACUGAAUCUGAGGCUCUCCAGAAUGCUCAGCAGGUUUUCAGAAAGAUCAACAAAGACAUGGUGAACAUUGAGGAUCUGCAUCCAGUUUUGUCAUCUUUAGGGGUUACCAUGAGCUCGAAGAUUGUACAACAGGCAUUGGGAUGCACUCAGGUUACCUGGGAUGGGAAGCUGAACAUUUCAGAGUUUUUGUCAGCUGUGGCAGGUCCUUUAGGAUACCAAAAGGAAGUGGAUGAAUAUAUCUCUUCCGAAAGGGGACCUUUUCUGGAUAUUGCUAAUUUGUGCGAUUUAAACUCUCUGUGGCAGAAAAAAAUGCUCGAAAAAGAGCUACCACCUGACCGUGAUGACCUGAUUACAUUCUAUGAUCCAGAUGAAGUGAUUGAUCUUGCCGAACUACAAAGGGAAACACCUGUACCCAAGAAAUCUGUUGGCCUGAAACAACCCAGAAUCACAUAUCCUGUACAUCCCAUAGAAGAGAAGGACAAAGGCCAACAAAACAUUGUGUGGCCAAAGAUCCAACCAAGCUUUUGUUAUAGCAGUCAGAAUACUCUCUUUCCAUUAAUCUCCUCUUUACCUUUAAAAAAAGCAGGUAAUGUCCAGAAGCAAAAGACAAAAGGAUUUUCACUGACUCAUGGUCCAAAUGGUUCUCCUGCUCCUAUCUCAGUUGUCCAGAGUGCCAACCAUGAAGCUAUCAAGAAGCAGAAGAAAAAGAAGUCAUUGUCCUUCCAAAUGAAUCUCCCAAGGAGGUAUGACUCAGAAGAUAACAAAUCCCAAGAACCAAAUUCCAGAAAACCUGGAAGUGAAGAGAAAGGUCAAUCAGACCAGAAAGCUUUACAGGAUGCUUUCGAUGUCAUCCACAUGCUUGCUGGAGACAGUGUCAAAGACCAUGAAUUGUGGUCCAUCCUGAAGAAACUGGGAGUGAAUUUGAAUAACAUGGAGUUCCAGGACCUGCUGAAGAAGACAAAUGUGGAAAAAGGCGGCAUAGUGAACUUCAACAGCUUCAUGGUUGCCUUGGGGAAAACACAGAUCUUCACUGAACUUGCAAUGCUGAAGAAUGCCAUUCAAGCCAUUGAGAAGAUUGAAGGAGACAAGAUGAUUGUGCAUGAUCUGCCUUUCUUUGUGAGAAACAUGGGGAUCCGCAUGUCUGACCAGGAGUUUGAGCAAGCCCUAAAACAGGUCCCUAUAGAUGGUAGUGGUAAAGUAAUUGUGAAGGACUUCAUUAAAGUUCUUAUUGAUAUUCCGCAUUUCUCAGAACUGUCAGUGCUGAAAGAUGCAAUUAAAGCUGUCAGCAAUAUUGAAGGAAACAAGGUUUCUCUGAACGACCUCAAACCCACCCUCAGGAACAUGGGCAUCCGUUUAUACCCGCAGGAAUACGAGGAGCUAAUUCAGACAACUCCCACUGACAAGGAAGGGAAUGUUGACAUUGAGCAAGUGAAAAAGAAGAUAGCCAAAAUAGAGCGUUUUUCAGAAAUGGAAGUUCUGAACAACACCAUCAAGGCCUUUGGUCAGUUUGAAGAUGGGAAAGUAAAGGUUUCAGACAUAGAUGAAUGCCUUAGCAAUAUUGGGGUCCAUCUAACCCCAACAGAAUUAGCACAGGCCAAAAAAUCUCUGAAUGUUUCUGCUGAUGGGACUUUAAAUGUCAUUGAAAUGAUUUCAAUUAUGAAAGGAACCAACAAGUUCAAAACUUAUUCAGCUGUACUGGAGGCCAUCCUUGCUCUCAAGUUCAUCAAAGAAUACAAGAAUAUGGAAUCAAAACGUAUGAGAAGGAGACUGAAUACCUUUGGCCUGCAAAUGGCAAAUGAGGUGAUCUCCCAGGUACUGACUUCAGCACACAUGACUGAAGCUGGGCAAGCAAAAUUCAAUGACUUCUUGAGAACUCUGAUAAGGAGCCGACAGUUUAAAACAUCCUCAGCCUUAGCAGAUGGCUUUAAAACACUUGCCAAAUUAAAAAAUGGAAGGAUCGGUGUUGAGGAUUUACAAAUAAUUAUGAAGAGCUUCAACAUGAUCUUGUCCUCCAAAGAUUUAUCAGAGGCUUUGGCCUUUUGUAGUGUUGAUGACGACAAGACAGUAGAUCUGAAGGACUUUCUCAGGGGGGUGACUUAUACUGGUACUUUUAUUACUAAUCCAGAACUACAGCUGACAUGUAUAGCUCUGAGCAAACUCCAAGGGGACCAGUUAGACCUCUAUGCUCUUGAGUCUACCCUGAGCAGCAUGGAUCUUCCAGAGGCGAAUGAGUUACUGCAGGAAGUGAUGAAGACAGCCCAGGUUGAUGGUCAUGGCAAGAUGAAUUUUAGAGAAUUCAUGAGAAUUGUUGUUGUCGUACCAGAGCUCCCAAAAGCUAUUGUGCUGAAGGAUACUUUCAAUGCUAUGAGUGAUAUCAAAGACCACCAAAUCCACACGGAUGAGCUACCAAAAACAUUGAUUGCUAUGGGUAUCAAUUUGAUGCCAGAGGAGCUCGAACAACUGAAGGACUCGAUUACAGUCUCAGGAGAUGGAACAGUGGGUUUUAAAGACGUCAUGAUGGCUAUGACUGGCGUCCAGUCUUUUGCAGAAUUUCAUGCUUUACAGAAUGCUUUCGAUGUGAUGAACAAGACUUGCAAAGAGAAGAUUAAAAAAGAAGACUUACCACUCAUUCUGGAAAGCUUGGGGAUCCAACUCUCCCCUGAAGAACUUCAGGCAACUCUGUCAUUAGUUUCUAUUGAUGAAUCUGGGAAACUGGAUGGGACAGAAGUCUUGACAAUUUUGUCCAGUGCUCCACGCUUUUCUAAACUCAGAGCACUUCAAAAUGCCACAAAAGCUGUUGAAAACAUAAAAACUGAGAAGAUGACUGUUAAAGAGCUGGAGAAAACUCUGCAGAGUAUGGGAGUGCACUUACCUAAUAAAGUUUUCAAUGAAGUAAUCAAAGCAGCCAAAACUGAUGCAAGUGGAAAAAUCGAUUUCAAAGAAUUUUUGUUAGCACUGGGUGAAACUGAGGAUUUUGCUGAACUCGAAGUUUUGCAGCGUGGCAUCAAGACCAUUGGUGCAACAUGUGACAGCCAGCUGCAUACUGAUAAACUGCUCACUGCUCUGGAUAAUUUGGGGAUCCAUUUGUCAGAUGAAGAAUUCCAGGAAGUUCUAAAUACUAUUGAUGUAGAUGAUGAUGGAACAAUAAACCUGAAAGACUUUCUAAUGACUCUCUCCAAAAUGCCACGCUUCACAGAUGCUGUGGAACUUCACUCUAAUAUCCAUGCCUUCACCAAGCUCAAGGGUGAAAAAGUUGAUGUUGAAGAACUAGAGUCCAUGUUGCAUUGUUUGGGUAUAUAUUUGAAUACAAUGGAGUUCCAGAAGGCCUUGGAGUGCACCUCUAUAGAUGAAAAUGGAAAAGUGACUUUCAAGGAAUUUCUGGUCAAUGUGAUGGAUAAUGAACGCUUCUCAGAAUUCUCAGCUGUUCAUGAUGUCUACAAUCUCGUCAACGUAAUAGAUAAUGAUAAAUUUGAGGUUUCUCAGCUGAAUGAUGUGCUGACUGCCAUUGGCAUCACAUUGUCCAAGGAGGAAAUGAAGGAGGUGCAAAAAAAGAUACCAGUGGACCAUGAUGGAAAGGUGACCCUGAAAGAUUUCAUGAAAAUUUUGCCCCGAACAAGACGAUUCUCCACAGCUGUAGAAAUGGAAGAAGCCAUGCAAACAAUGAACAGCAUCAAAGAAGACAAGGCAAACAUUGAAGAACUGGAGUCUAUCACACGGAGAAUGGAUCUCCAUUUGUCUCCAGAUGAAAUCCAGCAGGCGUUGAAGUAUGUCUCCAAGAAUGAUGAUGACACAGUAAGUGUGAAAGACUUCAUGUUUGGCUUGACAAACACCCAACGCUUUUCCAAACCUGAAAGUGGCCAAAGUGAUACAGUUGCUGUGGAUGAUGUCAGUUCCCUUUUGUCCAAUAUGGGGAUCUACCUAACCAAAGAGCAGCUCCAAGACACUUUGAAACGUGUGAAGGUGGAUGAAAAUGGGAAGGUGAACAUGACUGAACUGAUAGAAAGUGUGAAGAAAACCCAGUCUGAAGCUGGAAUGGAAAGGGUGCAUGUACACGACCUGGAUGCUGUUCUGGCCAAGAUGAGCAUUCACCUAACCAACAGUGAAAUCCAAGAAGCUUUGAAAUAUGCAUAUGUAGAUGAGGAUGGCAGAGUUAACCUAAAUGACUUCAUGAAUGCGGUGAGGAGGACUGUUCGGCUAAUACUAGGUGCAGAAGGGAAAGCUAUUGAGAUUGGUGACUCAGCUCUAACCAAGAUGGGCAUCCAAGUAACAGAAGAGGAAAUGCAGGAAGCUUUGAAACAUGUCAUUAUUGAUAUUGAUGGCAGAGUGAAUUUGAAGGAUGUAUUGGAGAGUAUUUUGCUCAUGGAAAGACCUUCAAAGCAUGAACGAGAUAAAGUCAGUAUAAAGGACUUGGACAAUGUCAUGGCCAACAUAGGCAUCCAUCUUACAGAAGAAGAACUCAAAGAAGUAUUAAAAAAUACAACAGUGGAUGCUGAAGGAAAGGUGAAUCUAGGGGAAGUGAUAAAGUGGGUGAGAACAGUUCAACUGCGCCCUCCCUCCUACACAGAAUCUGGUGCCUGUAGGAGACUGCUAGAAGACAUGCGGGAUGCUAAUGGGAAGAUGAGCUCAGAUGAUUCCAAAGAAAAGAUCACUGUGGAGAAGCUCCCUACGAUAAUGGUAGAUGGAUGGACAAAAGAAAAAAGGGUUGAUAUCGACAGCUUAGAUGCAAUCUUGGAUGAACUAGGGAUCCAUUUAACCAACAAGCAGCUGUAUGAGGCACUGAAAUAUUCUCCAAUGGACGUUGAUGGGAAAGUGGAAUUGGAACCAUUCAUGAGAGGUGUCAAAGACAUCUUGAGAAAUCAAAAAACUGGUAAAACUGUGGAAAUCAGCACCUUGGAGUCUGUCUUGGCUGAUAUGGGGCUUUUCCUAACUCAGGAUGAGGUACAGCAGGCUCUCGGUCAGACAACAGUGAAUAAGGAUGGGAAUGUGGAUUUGAAAGACUUCAUGUGGGCUAUCCAGAGUAUCCCCAGUAUGCAAGACAAACAAGUGCAAGUUGAUAACUUGGAUGCUGUACUGGGUGGCAUGGGGAUCUACCUAAACCAAGAAGAACUGCAGGAUGCACUGAAGCUGACAAAGCAUUAUGAGAAUGAGAUGGUGAAUUUGAAAGAUUUCAUCAGGGCUUGCAAUGCCACACUAACCCUCUCCGGCAUUGAUGGAUACCCAAGAAAAAUGCCAGGUGCAAAGUCUCUGAAGUUGCCUAAGGUUGUAGAAAAACACAACCGUCCCCUAAUUCCUGGCAGAAUGAUCUCUUCUGUGACUCUUUCUGAGGUGGCCUCAUUAAAAGGAGUUAAAGAUCUAACUAAGCCAGAGCUGGAAGCAUUCCGUGAUGCUUAUGAUACCUUCAGCAAGGAUAUAGAUGGCAAUAUUGAUCUAUUAGCUCUAGAGGACACAGCCCACAAAUUGGGAAUCAACUUAACUGCGGAAGAAGUUUUUGAUGAGCUAGUAUAUGCUGACACAGAUGGAGAUGGAAAGGUGAAUUUCACAGAUUUUCUUAAUACUAUCACAGACAGCAAGCACUUCAUUCAAGCUGUGGCCCCUAAAAACGGUAAUAUAGAGUCUGUUGAUACCCGAGGGAUUUUGUUGUUUGAGAUCUUAUCAAGGCUAGUGGAGAUGUCUAUGUUGUCAAGGAAAACCACUGUGAAUAUUGUCAGCUAUUAUCGGAAAAAAUUCAUGGAGGCUACUGGCAAGAAAGCUUGGCGGGCUGAUAGCAUUGAUGAGGACAUACAGAAAAGACGCUAUCUGAAGAAACGCCCUAUGCAUAAAACCCGCUCCAGCCCCCUGUCUGCCUUUGCUGGUGCUGCCCGCAUUUGUGUCAUGAAUGACCAAGAGUUGCGAGAUUACACAGAACGUCUCAGAGCAACCAUCAAAAUGUCUGAGAGCCCCUAUGCUCAGGUGCCCAUUUUUCCUUUGAUUCCCAACCGGGACAACUUGCUGAAAGGUAGGCCAAAGAAAGAUCUCCAGAAGCUGGAAGCACAGCGAAGGAUGGAACCCGUUGCAUCGUUUGAGGACCAUUUUUUUCAUAAGAAAAAGUGGCUAAAACAGGAGGCUAAACUCUCCAAGGACAAUAAGCCCGCACUUACUCUCGCACCAAAACUGAAACAAAGACGGGAACAUUUCACGAUGGACAACCUAGCUGAAAUCCGACGCGAAGUGCAGAAAGCAACUACUGCUUACCGAAGGGCCAUUGCUCUCCAGGAGCGAAAAAAAUCACUCAAGCUCUGGCGGAGAUUGCGUGGAGGAGAGAUUGGCCUGGAGUCAGGCAACUCUGCCUUUUACCAGAUCUUCUCCACAUAUUCCUGGUCCUGGAACGUCUGUCAGGAAUUGCUGACACCGCGAGAACUUCAAGAGUAUGAUAACAAACUGUAUCAUCGUCGUUCCUCUCGAUCAUCCACUUCUGCAGAUAAACGGUCCAGUCUGAGUAGGAGGCAAAAUGGAAGUCAGAAAUAACUCUAGAUCUUGCUGGCCAGAGCAUCUUCCACCAUUUUUGUGAGGUGUUCCACAGAACAGUCUCGGGCUGGUAUCCGUGCCACCAUUCCUGCAAUAGGACAUUCGGGGUUUCACCUUUGUAUACUGGCUAAUACAGUGAAUAGUUAAGAUAUAAGAGGCAAGCCCAC